CGCAGGCGCAGUGAGUGAUUCAACAUCUAGCGGCUAGGUCACGUAGUGCGCAUGCGCGAGCUUACAGCGGCGGUUUGGUUCAUUCGCCGUUCCGUAGAAGCAGAUUUGCCGUGCAGCCUGGCACCAUGGACGCCAAUCAGCCCAAGCAGGAGCAUCUGCUGGCCCUGAAAGUGAUGCGUCUUACCAAGCCAACCCUGUUCACCAAUAUACCAGUGACCUGUGAAGAACGGGACCUUCCAGGAGAUCUGUUUAAUAACCUAAUGAAAGAUGACCCUUCCACUGUAAAAGGAGCAGAAAUCAUAAUGCUGGGAGAAAUGCUCACUUUGCCACAGAACUUUGGAAAUAUCUUCCUGGGUGAGACUUUCUCCAGUUAUAUAAGCGUUCACAAUGACAGCAACCAAAUCGUCAAAGACAUUCAAGUAAAGGCUGAUCUCCAGACGAGUUCCCAGCGGUUAAACCUCUCUGCAUCCACUGCUGUAGUGGCUGAGCUGAAACCAGACAGCUGUAUUGAUGAUGUAAUUCAUCAUGAAGUGAAAGAAAUCGGAACACACAUUUUAGUAUGUGCUGUAAGUUAUACCACCCAAGCUGGAGAGAAAAUGUACUUCAGGAAAUUCUUCAAGUUCCAGGUACUUAAACCACUUGAUGUAAAGACCAAAUUCUACAAUGCAGAGAGUGACCUCAGUUCUGUGACAGAUGAAGUUUUUCUGGAAGCCCAGAUCCAGAAUAUAACAACAUCCCCAAUGUUUAUGGAGAAGGUUUCCUUGGAGCCAUCCAUGAUGUACAAUGUGUCUGAACUUAACACCGUGUAUAGGGAUAGUGAUCGGUCAUCCACUUUUGGAACAAAAACCUAUUUGCAGCCUCUGGACACAAGACAGUAUUUAUACUGCCUAAAACCAAAACCAGAAUUUGCUGAGAAAGCCGGAAUCAUCAAAGGUGUUACCGUAAUUGGAAAGUUGGAUAUUGUGUGGAAAACCAACUUGGGUGAAAAAGGAAGACUUCAGACUAGUCAACUUCAAAGAAUGGCUCCAGGCUAUGGGGAUGUAAGGCUUUCUAUAGAAACUAUUCCUGAUACGGUCAAUCUGGAGGAACCUUUUGAAAUAAUGUGUAAAAUCACAAACUGCAGCAGUGAAAGAACCAUGGACUUGAUUUUAGAGAUGUGCAAUACAAAUGCUAUUCACUGGUGUGGAGUUUCAGGAAGGCAGCUCGGAAAGCUGCACCCAAGCUCAUCCCUCCAUCUUACACUUACCCUACUUUCUUCAGUUCAGGGGCUGCAAAGUGUCUCUGGAUUAAGGCUAACAGAUACCUUUCUGAAGAGAACGUAUGAAUAUGAUGACAUUGCCCAAGUAUGUGUUGUAUCCUCAAAAUUCCCAGCAGAAAGUUGAUUUGGAAAUUUGAAGAUCCCCUGACAAAUAUGGACCAACUUGUAAAAUAUUUUCUCUACGCACAAACCAGAGGAUGUGUAGGUCUGCAGAUAAUUUAAGCAUGUUUUAUGAUUUAAUAUGUUAGUCUGUGUACAUUGUUUUAAAAGACUGUUUUUAAUGCAUCAUAUGUAUUUUAUCCAUUUCAGAAUAAAGUGUAAAUAUGAAUUUA